UUACUGAAUAAUGUUUAGAAACAAGUAGAACGUCGAGGGUGUCGGACGUGCACCACAUUGUUACAAAGUUUUGAAGUUCGCGCAGUGAGUUUAGUGUUACAGAAGAGUUCAGUGCAAACACAUGGUUCGCCAUUCCGGCCACGGCAUGGAGACUACUUUUUAUGAAGACCAGUAUCCCCUCAGCGGACCGGUGGAGAGUCUGAAGCGGUCCCUUACCCUGGAUUUGGAUUUUAAUCGUGGUGGGAAGCGGUCAAGGAUAGCCGCUCCCGUGCUUUCAUCGCCCGAUCUCCAGCUGCUGAAACUGGGUUCACCGGAGCUUGAGAAAAUGAUAAUUCAAAACGGAAUGAUCACAACACCUACCCCAAAUGCGGCGCUUUUUCCAACAUUAGCACCUACGGAAGAACAAGAAAUGUAUGCGAGACCUUUCGUUGAGGCUUUAGAUAAGCUGCAUCAUAAUGACCCUCAGCUGGCGACGCCGCUUGGUCGGCGAGUGUACGCCGACCUGGACCGACCGCUCGAGCGAUACCCCACGCCCGUAGUCAAAGACGAGCCGCAGACUGUGCCGAGCGCGGCUAGCUCGCCGCCGCUCUCGCCCAUCGACAUGGACACACAAGAGCGCAUCAAGCUGGAACGAAAGAGGCAGAGGAAUCGAGUAGCCGCCUCUAAAUGCCGGCGGCGAAAGCUGGAACGCAUCUCCAAGCUGGAAGAGAAGGUCAAGAUCCUGAAGGGUGAAAACGCAGAACUGGCGCAGAUGGUCGUGAAACUAAAAGACCACGUGCAUAGAUUGAAGCAGCAGGUGCUGGAGCAUGCGAAAGGUGGCUGCCUCAUCGAGUCGCACUACUGAUCGCGCCGCCGCCGCCGCUCCACCACAUUCCAUGCUAGUCGCGCCCGCUAGGACGCAGCAUACAAAGCGAUUUGUGAUCUUAAUUUUACUGUGUAAUAUAUAGUUAGUAAACACUAGUGUGUAAGGUGUUGAAGUCGCUACGUUAAGAAUGCUGUGGACUUAUCGUUAAGUUUGAUAGAAUGGUUUGCCAGUGAAACGCUGUGGCAGAACCUCCGCUCGGUCGCACUGUUCCGGGACGCUUGUUGUUUGUGAAACUACUUAGGGAGGAAUGUACUUAGCGCAAGUCAACUUCGUAAGCUUUAGCUUCCAUUGUAAGUUGCAAAACUAUUGUUUUCCUUUUAUCAGUAUUGCGUUGUCUCAUUUAGAAUAGUGUAGAAACUAGAAAGGAUAAUCGUGCAACGUCAUUGGUGUGCAAACUGAACGAGGUUGACGCGACGUUGCCAGUUCUACGGCGAAUUUCCCGUUCUAGCUAUGUUGCCGCACUUACAGUACCUAUACAUUGUUCAUUUUGUAAUUUAACUCAAGCAUUGCAUUUAGACUCUUUUUUACGACAAUUUCAUCGGGGUCAUGAUAACAUUGAACAGAGCACAGAUAUCUGUCAGAUUAACCAAACAAAGCAGCAGAAAUGAAAGAGACAGCGCUAUGUAAAACUGGCAACAACGCAUCGUACGAAGUCACGAGCGGAUGUUCUGCUAAUUAAAAUUCCGCCUGCGCCGCCCUCGCGGAAUGGCGGCCAUGUGUGUUCGCCUGUCGGACGUUCCCAAUAGCAUUUUGGUUGCACAAGGUUAACUUUUAUUAAUUGCGACAAUGGCGGUGUUUUUGUAAUGAGAUGGGACGUCUUUGUUAGCUAGAUUUAAGACAAUGUGCUUGUGAGAGAGCUUGAUCUUGAUCGUGUGCGAGACGAGUGUGCUAUGCUUGCGUGAAAGAGAAAGCGAGUGUAUUGCGCAAAGUAUUUUUUCCCGAUACAUUAUAAAAUGUUUUCUCAGAACUGACCCGGUGCUCUUUACUAUAGAGGACGCGACUUUUGUAUCACGAGGCCGUCCGAUUAAAUAUUAUUUGUGGACGAAUGGGAGGGCAUUUCGUAAUGAGCGACAGUAUGUGCAUGGCGAUGAGUGAAUGAGGUACGUAAGUAUUUAUUAGUGAGCGUGAUAAUGUUUACAUUUAGGAUGAAAUAGCAAUCUCGAGUGCCUACGCUUUGUAAACUAAAGCCUGUAUUUUUAUUGUUUUUGUUACCAUUAUAUGCUACAGUAAAAUGUUCUGUACCAUUGUCUUCUAUAGGUUACUAUAAGUAAUGUAAUACCAAUUAACAAGUUGAAAUUGUUAUAUGUGAGAGAGCCGACGGUGCGCGUCUUCUCGUCAUGGCUACCCGCAUGGUCGACUCUUCCCUGUUUGUAUUAUUUUUAUACAAAAUGAUUCGUCAGAAUGUUAACAAUAAUUUGUAAGUUUAUAAAAGAUAAAGAUAAAACAGUUAUACUAAAAUAAUAUAUUUCUAUGAAUUUAACAAAGAAUAUUGUUUUAUACUGGAUACAUAUUGUAUGAUAAAAUGAAUGAAGAGAAAAAUAAAUUAUGAAGAUUAUUAUACCCUUUA